AAAAUUGACGUGAAACGUCAAACAGUGUUAGUUGUCAUUUUUGCGAUAAACAUAUUAUUAAAAGUAAAAAAUGGGCAAUGUUGAUACGAAAUUGAAUUUUCGAAAAGCUGUGGUGCAACUUACCUCAAAAUCCGAUCCGAUUGACGCAACUGAUGAUGCGUUUUGGGAACAAUUUUGGUCGGAAAACGUUAAUAAUGUGCAAGAUAUUUUCACGUUAGUUCCAGCGCCGGAAAUUCGGGCACUACGUGAAGAGGCCCCAUCGAAUUUAGCAACUCUAUGUUACAAAGCCGUUGAAAAAUUGGUUAAAGCCGUUGAUAACAGCUGUCGAACUCACCAUGAACAACAAACAAUAUUAAAUUGCGUUCGAUUAUUAACGAGAAUUUUACCCUAUAUCUUUGAAGAUCCUGAAUGGAAAGGAUUCUUUUGGUCUUCGUUGCCAUGUCAGAACGAGGAUGACGAUGAAUCGUUACCGUUAGCGCAAAGCUUAUUAAAUGCGAUCUCUGAUUUACUUUUUUGCCCAGAUUUUACGGUUGUUACAAGUAGAAAGUUAGGGCCUGAUAAAGCGGAAGAUUUAUCUUCGAUAGAUAGUUGCGAAUACAUUUGGGAAGCAGGAGUGGGGUUUGCUCAAUCUCCAACGAGGAAUCCCCAUCUCGAUUCGAAUAGAACGGAGCUUCUUAAAUUAUUAAUGACUUGUUUUAGUGAGACUAUGUAUCAACCUCCCAUUGAUAUAGCUCAUAGCCCCAAUAAAUGGAUUGCUUAUUUUACUUCGCCAGAAAACCGACAUGCUCUCCCAAUGUUUACCUCGUUAUUAAAUACGGUUUGCGCUUAUGACCCGGUUGGACUAGGAGUACCUUAUAACCACUUAAUCUUCUCGGAUUCUUUGGAACCGUUGGUAGAGGCUUGCCUACAAAUCUUAAUCGUUACUUUGGAUCAUGAUACGAGUAGCGGGGGUAGCGUUGAGAAUGAAACGGAGGUUGCAACUCCGGAUAAUUUAUUUAUUAAUUAUUUAUCGAGGAUUCAUCGCGAUGAAGAUUUCAAUUUUAUUUUGCAAGGGAUUACAAGGUUGUUGAAUAACCCUUUGGUACAAACUUAUUUACCCAAUUCAACUAAAAAGGUGCAUUUCCACCAAGAGUUGUUGGUGUUUUUUUGGAAAAUGUGUGAUUAUAAUAAGAAAUUUUUGUAUUUUGUGCUUAAAAGCAGCGAUGUUCUUGAAAUUCUUGUCCCGAUUUUGUAUCAUUUGAAUGAUUCGAGGGCCGAUCAAUCGAGAGUAGGGUUGAUGCAUAUUGGAGUUUUUAUUUUGCUCCUUUUAUCAGGGGAAAGAAACUUUGGUGUGCGUCUCAAUAAACCUUACACUGCAACGAUUCCCAUGGAUAUUCCUGUUUUUACGGGAACCCACGCUGAUUUAUUAAUAAUCGUGUUCCAUAAAAUUAUUACAACAGGCCAUCAAAGAUUACAACCACUUUUUGAUUGCCUCUUAACGAUUUUAGUUAAUGUCUCCCCAUAUUUAAAAACUCUUUCAAUGGUGGCGAGUACAAAGCUUUUACACCUAUUAGAAGCAUUCAGCACACCAUGGUUCUUAUUUUCAUCGCAUUCAAACCACCACUUGGUCUUUUUUCUUUUAGAAAUCUUCAACAACAUCAUCCAGUACCAAUUUGAUGGCAACUCCAAUUUGGUAUACACAAUCAUUCGGAAACGCCAAGUGUUCCACAGCUUAGCUAAUUUGCCCUGCGAUUACGGAUCGAUAACUAAAUCAUUAAAUCGGCGUUCAAAACGAAAUAUAGUAAGCCCCGCGGUAACUGAGGAAGAACCUAGUUUAGAAACUGCAAUGGAAGGGUCUCAUCCCGCUCUCCCUGCUGAGCCGGGUACCUUAAAAGCCACGCUACCGGAUACACCCGGAAUUGGGCAAAUGACUGAAAGCGAAUCUGCUCAUCCAAGUUAUCAACAAUUAGAACAAUUAUCCACGUUAAGUAAUGGAGUAACCGGGUUAAACAUAAACGCGAAAGUUGUUAAUGGAGAUGAAAAAAUCUCCCCGAAGAUGGAGAUUAAAAUGAAUAAAGGAGAAUCUCAAGUUGUCGUUAAUAAAAUUACCACUUCAGUUAAUACAAAAAAUUCAUUGCGGGUUUCUUCGAGUACGGAGAACACCAACGGGCAAUGGGUCCCAACAGCCGAUUGGGUCCACUCUUGGAAAAGCAAAUUACCUUUACAAACGAUAAUGAGGUUAUUACAAGUCUUAGUGCCGCAAGUUGAAAAGAUUUGUAUCGAUAAGGGUUUAACCGAUGAAAGUGAAAUUUUAAAGUUCCUCCAACACGGCACGUUAGUUGGGUUACUCCCCGUACCACACCCAAUUCUUAUUCGGAAGUACCAAGCCAACGCUGGCACAACGACUUGGUUCCGAACUUACAUGUGGGGGGUGAUUUAUUUGAGAAAUAUGGAUCCCCCAAUUUGGUACGAUACGGACGUGAAAUUAUUCGAAAUCCAGAGAGUUUAAUCAAAUCCUUCGUUAAUUUAAUUUGUUUCGUUUUAAUUUAUUACUUACGCUACCAAUCAUAAUUUAAUUUUUCACCUCGACGUCUAAUAUCGUUUUGUUGUGAUCUAUAUCAAAAGUAAAGAUGGAAAUGUGUUAUAAAUGUUUUUAAAUGUGUUAGUGCAAAUUAAAUUUAAUAAUGGAUGCCUAAAGAGAAAUAAAUGUUUCGGUUACAUUCCGCACUUAUUAUUUAAGAUUUGAUUGAAUUAAUGUUAAAAUAAUAUAAAUUAAUGUAUUUCAACUGUAAUUCCGUGUUAAAUUUAAAUAAAUU